AUGAUGAGGAGAUUUCUGAAGAGCCAGAAGGGUCGAUUUUCCCUUCGCCAAAGCCGGUCAGGUUCCCGCAGCGCCUCCAAGGACUUCUAUCCAAAUCCUCAAGUGCUCAGAGAUUUUCCAUUAAAUAUUGAGCUGGCUCUGCCUGCAAACAACCAGGGCUGGCCUGAGGACUUUGGCUUUAAGCUAGGAGGAGAUGGACCCAGCUACAUCCUUUCUGUGGAGGAGGGCAGCAGUGCGUACAUGGCAGGUUUGCAGCCUGGGGACCAGGUUUUGGAGAUCGACGGACAGAACGUCUCCUCCCUCAGCACUAAAGCUCUCAUCGCUUUGGCACAGACCCUCAAAACUGUACCACCCAGCAUCGGGGUUGUGUCACGCAUUGAACAGUUGGACAUCUCCCCAGGGCCAGAUGGACGCUUUGGCUUCACUAUCGUUGGAGACUCUCCCCUUAUGGUGGAGGACUGUAUGCUUAACUCUCCAGCAGGACGUAGUGGACUAAGGGCAGGUGAUUAUGUCAUGGAGGUGAAUGGAAUUCCAGUCAAGCACCAUGAGAUGGCAGCUGCCAUGAUUAAGGCGUCGCAGGGGCGCACCCUGCGCCUGGGUGUUCUUAGAGUGAACCGCUGGCAAAAACGCAUCAGCAGCAGCAUGAAAGAGACCUACCAGAGUGGAGACAUAGUACGACAGGAUCGCAAACACAAAGCCCUGGAGUUCAACCAGAAGGUCGAGGAGAUUUUAGGUGAGGAGCCAGUGGUGAAGGAAAGGCUCUUUGAUCUGUUAAAGCAGUACGCUUCAGAAAGGGACGUGGAACAUCUUGCUUCUACCCUUCCUGAGAUACUAAUGAAUGAGGAGCAUCAGCAGCUGAUUGACAGCAUCAGGAUCUUCAUCCCCAGGAAGCACAGGCAGCGUUUUGAUGAUGUGGUCUCCCAGAGCUUAAUCGUUCGACCUAAAGGCCGCAGCUUCAGCGAGCACAGGCAAAGUGGACUACGCCGCAGCCGCAGCGAUGACCACCCUGAGAGGCUGCUGGUGUCCACACGGGCUAGCUCAGUGCCACGCACUGCCCAUGAGGAUGGAAUCAUUCCACCAUCUCGUGGCCUUCGCAAGACAACUUCUCUCAUUGCUGGCCACUCUGGGGCCAUUGCCAACCGCAGAACAGUGCGCGUCUACAAAGGAAACCAAAGUUUCGGUUUCACCCUACGUGGCCACGCUCCAGUUUGGAUUGAUUCAGUUAUUCCAGGCAGUCCAGCUGAGAAAGCAGGCCUCAAGCCUGGAGACCGCAUUCUGUUUCUAAAUGGGCUUGACAUGAGGAGCUGUGCCCACGAGAAGGUAGUGGCAAUGCUACAAGGCAGUGGAGCCAUGCCUUCACUGGUGGUGGAGGACGGUCCACCGGCUUUCACGCUAAUCGAGCCUGAUCCUCUAGAUGCAUCUCCACGCUCUCCGGUCCUUAGCUCCCUGCAGUGGGUGGCCGAGAUCCUUCCGCCCAGCAUCCGAGUGCAGGGACGAACCUUCAGUCAGCAGCUAGAGCACCUGCUCACCAUGCAGGAGAGAUACACUGUCUGUAAGGCCCUGGAGGCCUUUUUUCAGCACAGGAAUGUAGAUACUCUGAUUGUGGAUGUGUUUCCAGUGCUAGAUACUCCAGCUAAGCAGGUAAUCUGGCAAUUUAUUUACCAGCUGCUGACCUAUGAAGAGCAGGAGCACUGCCAGAGCAAAAUCUCACGCUUCCUUGGCUAUAAAGUUACAUUGCCAGCUGCAGAGCCAGAGCCGCUUGCUCCAGAGCCCCAUCGGCGUAGUAGCUCUAUGAAGGUGACAGGCACCACAUACCGGAGCAGCGUACGAGGCCGGAGUUCUGAUGACCUGGUCAUUGGCACUCAUCUGGGAAUGGGAAUCCGAACUGAGCCAGUUGAGGUGGCCCCUAUGAGACUGGCUCCUGGAGAAAGGCAGUCUGGGGAUGGAACAUCUUUACCAGAGACGCCCAACAACCUUACUAAUCUUUCUGCAGUGUAUGCUGAGCUGGAAAAUGUGCAUGCAGGGAAGAGGUCCAAAUCUCUAAAGAGCCGCCCUCCUCCUGCUGCUGAAACCCUGAUAGACAUCUAUCCACAUCCUCCCAGCCAGUCUUUCAGAGCUAAAUCCUCAUCUCCUUCUGUACGGGCCACUUCAGGCAGUCGUAAGAUAGCAUCAGUUCAGCCUCCUCCACCUCCUCCUCCACCUCCUCAACCUGUAUGCUGGCCCGAGUCCUUACCCAGUCCUCAGGAGCAUUUUUAUACCUCAGAGAUUCCUUCCCAGCAGAGUUUCGAGUCAAACCCCUACAUCAGCCUGGACAGUCCUCCACUCUCGCCCCCAUCUCCACCUGAUUAUCCACCAAGCCCCCCAGACUACCUUCCCAGUCCUCCCAUCCGGAAAAAGCGUUACACGUUUUCCCGCCCCCCUCGCAGUGCAGACACAGACCUGUUUAUGGAGGCCCUUACGGAGCAGCUGGGUCAGCAGCUGUCUGUCGAUGACUUCCUGUCUCCAGAGAAUGACUAUGAGGAGGAUGUAGUUCAGAUCACCCUUGAAGACGAAAUGGAUGAAGAAGUAGAUGAGGAAGAUGAAGAGGAUGAUGAAGAACCCUACAUCCCUCCCGAGCUCAGCAGUCCGAGUGACCUCCAUAGCAGCAGUGAUGAUGCAAGUUCCCUAACCUAUUCGUCUAGUUCUGAACACAUACCCCCUCCGCCCGUCACCCCACCUCCUCCACCCCCUGUUCAGUUUAAUGAUCUUCCACCUUCCGCCAGCAUGACCCCAGAUCAAGCACCUCGACAUCUAACUUUCCGUCGUCACCCAGGACCUCCACCUCCACCCCCUCCCAGGGCCAAUCCACCUCUAAAACGACAGUCUAUUAACAAGGUGCUUCCUACUCAAGAGGAACUGAUGGCUCAAAGGGUUUUUCAGGAACACCAGUCUUUACCAGCGCAGCCCACAACCCCUAGCGGACAUUCCCAGCACCCCUUGCAGCCAGUGCACCAUUCCUUACCCCCACUGCCAUCCCCAGAUCUGUCUCCAUCAUCCAUCUCUAGCCAUAUGAUGUACCAAAUGCAUCAGCAUCAGCAGGCUCAAGAGGGUUAUCAGAUUUAUCAGAGCCAUCAGGCUCAACAGAGUCACCAAACUCAUCAUAGCUCACCACAUCCACUUCAGCAAGCUCAACAGAGGCAUCACAGCCAUUCAGCUCAUCACACUCAGCUCUCCAGCUCCAUGGACAGACUUGACAAAAUCGAAAGAAUGGAACAGUCUGACAGACAUAUUUAUGAGGUCUUUCAGCCUCAAGCCAUGCACCAGGCUCACCAUCGUCAUCACCCAGGCCAUCAGACUCACCUCUCCAGCUCGAUGGAUAGGUUGGACAGACUGGAGAGGAUGGAGCGUUUAGAACGUAUGGAACAUCUGGAACAGCUAGAAAGAGCUGACAGGCAAAUGCAUCAAAUGUCUCAACAAACUUCCCAGUCUAAUCGCCCAACACAACAGGUCCAUCAGUCUCAUUCACCUCAGUCAGUUUAUGCCUGUCAACAACACCAGAUCCAGAAAGCGUUCACACCAACUCAACCUCCACCUGCUCAACAGCCCCAUCACAUCCAUCGUAUUGAGCACAUCCACCAGGUCCAGCCUGUGCAGACAUCCCCUCAGUACCAUAUCAUCCACCCUGCCCACCAACCCCAACAGAUCCAGAUCCUCUCCACUUUCCAACCUUUGCCUCUGUCUCAGCCCUCACAGCAACAGCAGCCACAGCAGCAGCAGCAACAACACCAGACUCAUCCGGUCCACCCUUCAGUCAGACAGAGUCCUUACUCGAUGCAUCACCAUCAGCAUCACCAUGAAUCUCAAUCACUGCAGACUCCUCAAUCUCAGUCUCAGUCCCAGAUUCAGACCCAGCAAAAUAGGUCCAUUGUGGAGCCUCCUCCACCUCCACCGCUGCCUCCUCCCUGUGUGCCGCCUCCUUUACCCCGGUCCUCACCGCAGAAAUCAGACUCCAGCCACAUGAAUGUGAAGAGGCUGCGCUGGGAACAAGUCGAGAACUCUGAGGGAACCAUUUGGGGACAGCUGGGAGAAGACUCUGAUUAUGAAAAGCUUAGUGACAUGGUGAAAUACCUGGACUUGGAAUUACAUUUUGGCACACAAAAGAGUGCUGAGCCCACACCUCAGCACGAGACGUUUAAAAAGAAGGACGUUGUUGAGAUUCUUUCCCAGAAGAAGGCCUACAAUGCCUCCAUCCUGAUUGCCCAUCUAAAGCUUUCCCCAGGUGAGCUUUGUCAGGUGCUGAUGACAAUGUCGACAGAUCGUCUGGAGCCUGCACAUAUUAAGCAGCUGCUGCUGUACGCACCGGACAAUGAUGAGGUCAGACAGUACGAGCGGUACGCUGAUGACCCUAGCAAGCUCAGCGAGCCUGAUCAGUUUGUUUUACAGAUGUUGUCUGUGCCAGAGUAUAAGACUCGUUUGAAGAGUCUGCAUUUUAAGGGCACACUGCAGGAGAAGACUGAGGAAAUGAGAGGAAGCUUUGACUGUAUCUUCAAGGCCUCACUUGAGCUCAAAAACAGCAAAAAACUGGCAAAGAUUCUAGAGUUUGUCCUCGCCAUGGGCAAUUACUUAAACAAUGGCCAGCCCAAAGGCAACAAGACCACUGGUUUUAAGAUCAAUUUUCUUACUGAACUUGGAACCACCAAGACAGUGGAUGGAAAAUCAACUUUCCUUCAUAUCCUGGUCAAAUCUUUGUGCCAGCACUUUCCUGAGGUGCUGGACUUUGCCAAAGAACUUACUACUGUACCCCUUGCAGCCAAAGUAAAUCAGAGAAUCAUCACCUCAGAUAUAAAUGAUCUGCACUCCACCAUCAAGGACAUUCGCUUAGCCUGCCAUAAGAUGCCGGCCACUGCCGAGGACCGCUUUGCCAUAGUUAUGAGUGGUUUUCUGGAGAACAGCCACCCUGCUGUGCAGUCUCUGGAGUCACUACAGCAGAGGGCUAUGGAUGAAUUCUGUAAAGUGGCCUCCUUUUUUGGCGAGGAUGGCAAGACCACCACCACUGAGGCUUUCUUUGGCAUCUUUGCUGAUUUCAUCUCAAAGUUUGAAAGAGCUCUAAUGGAUAACCAGUCCACAGAGAAUCUUCCACGCAGCCCUCGCAGUCCUCGCAUGGCUUCACCUCUGGCCUGGUGAGGACACAUGCGCACAAACACACACAAACACACAACAACAACACAUUUGUUCAUACAUAAAUUAACAUGCACUAAUACACAUUCAACAGAAAUACAUACAUUCUGACACAUCCAGACCUCCCUGUGUGAACUGUUCCAAACACAAACUUCACCUCUCACGGUGCUGAGCUGAAGCUACAUGCUUAUGGAGGUUUUCAACUCUCAAAAUGC